ACAGACAGACAAGCUGGUCUGCAGACGCACACGGCUCUAUGCGCUCCGACAGCAGCAGCAGCAGCAGCGCAUGAGAAACAGAAAGGGAGGAAAGUGCGCAAGUUAAGUGGCUUUCAGACUCUCCGGGCUCCAGCAUGGCGUAUCCUCAGGGCUACCUGUACCAGCCGUCCGCGUCUCUAGCCCUGUACUCGUGCCCUGCGUACAGCACCAGCGUGCUAUCGGGACCCAGGACCGAGGAACUUGGGAGAUCCUCCUCGGGAUCUGCUUUUGCGCCCUAUGCCGGAUCUACCGCCUUCACCAGCGCCUCUCCGGGCUACAGCUCCCACUUGCCAUACAGCGCGGACGCGGCGGCAGCUGCCACAUUCACCUCGUACGUGGGUUCUCCCUACGACCACGCUUCGGGCAUGGCCGGCUCGAUAGGAUACCACCCUUACGCAUCACCCUUGGGUAGCUACCCUUAUGGUGACCCAGCGUAUCGUAAAAACGCAACCCGGGACGCCACCGCCACCCUGAAGGCCUGGCUCGGCGAGCACCGCAAGAACCCCUACCCGACCAAGGGGGAGAAGAUCAUGCUGGCCAUCAUCACCAAGAUGACCCUCACCCAGGUGUCCACCUGGUUCGCCAACGCCAGGAGGAGGCUAAAGAAGGAGAACAAGAUGACCUGGACCCCUCGGAACCGGAGCGAGGACGAGGAGGAAGACGAGAAUAUAGAUUUGGAGAAAAACGACGACGACGAGCCAAACAAGCCCACAGACAAGGGAGACUCCACAGACACAGAAGCAGGGGACAUGGGCUGUGACAGGUUUAAAGAGGAGAGCCAUGGCAAAGACUCGGAUCCCCUUCUGAGCGACUCGGAGUUAAAAGCAGCAGGAGCAGGAGGAGCAGCAGGAGGAGGAGCAGCGGACUACGGGGCUGCUGCUGCCGGAUUCCGCCAAACCCACCACCUCGUCUCCCUCGUCGGUGCCCCGGGGGAACCAGGGAACCAGGACAAGCCGUCAGAUCUGAGCCACGCGUCCGGCACGGUGACCAGCAACGUGACCUCUGUUAUCCACUCGCCCCCUUCGGCCCCGAAACCCAAACUCUGGUCCCUGGCGGAGAUCGCCACGUCCUCAGACAGGUGUAAGGGCAGCAGCGGUGAGGCUCCGGUUUGUCCCGGUUUGGGUCACAGCAGCGCGUCCCCGUCGCGGUCCUCCCCGCAGUGCGCGCUCCCCAGCAGCACGGUGCUCUCCAGGCCUCUGUACUACACCUCCCCCUUCUACCCCGGCUACACGAACUAUGGGGGCAGCUUUGGACAUCUUCACAGUACCCACGGCCCGGUGACCACGGGCUCCACGGCACAUUUCAAUGGAUUAAACCAGACUGUGUUAAAUAGAGCAGAGGCUUUGGUAAGGGAGAGCCAGAAAGUCAGAAGCCAAACGCAGAUAGAUCUUUGUAAAGACUCCCCUUAUGAACUAAAGAAAGGUAUGUCAAACAUUUAAUACCUGAAUAUUUUCCCACU